CUUGGGGUGCAUUGUGGGUGGUAUCCUACUGUAGGUUUUGCAGCUAGCGGGCUUACCAUACCGAUCGGUAUCCUUAUCGGACUGUGAAAGCGACUGCUCUUAUGAUCAGAGGUGGCAUUGGAAGUCGUAUUUGUGUGAUCUUCGGACUCUUUCAAAUUCUCCCAAAUGGGUCGGAAGGUCUACAGUCGGACUCGGCCGUCAGAUCGGCUCGAGAUCGGAUCCCAGCCUGCAUACUAGUACUACCACGGCUCGGACUACGUGGCGGCAAAGCUCGGAUGUCAUCAUAUUGGAUACAACACGCGGGUCGGACUCAUAAAUCGCCAGACUCAAAUGCAGCCGUGGAGAUCAGUUCUACUACCUCUUAGAGUUUGAGCUGAAGAUAAACAUCACUUUACACUACCCGAUAAGUCAACGACGUAUCAUCAGGGGGCCAGAGGCCAUAGGACUUCGGCAUGAAAGGCGAAUGUUUACCGUCCCGUCUGGAUCGGACUCGAACUCUCUUACUCAUCGAACGAUAACACCG